GAGCUCGAGUCUCGACGUCGCGUGUGCAAGCUGUGGCUUAUACGUGGCGCUGACUCGUAGCGAUCGUAGUUUUAACCAGCCUUGCUGUGCGAGCAUCCGUGGCGAGUCUCGCUGCGUGCCGCCGGCGGCGUGUGGAGAUCUCAUGUCUGAAACCCCCUCCGGCCGCUCGUCUCCGACGAGCACCGGGCGGUCGUCCCCGACGAAUGACGCGAGCGACGACCCCGCGGCUGCGAUAUCGAGGAUAGCGAGCCUCUUCCAGUCCUUGAACCGUCUGCGCGACGCCGGCUACGGCACCUCGGUAAUCGCGGCAAAAGUCGCGGAGUGUCGCGCGGCGGUCGUGAGUUUGCCGCCGGACCUCCAGGCGAAGGUCGUGGCGCUCGUCAACGCUAUUGAUGACGAGCUCGAGGGCGACGGCGCCGCGCCAGUAGACGACGUCAAUGAAAUCCCCUUCGGACUACUGGACCUGCCGCCGCCCGUACUGGCGCUGUGCUGCGUCUUCGCCGGCGACAGCGGGUCGCUCGUGCCGCGGCUGGCCCGCACGUGCAAGGCCGGCGGCGAGGUGAAGCCCGAAAUCAUGCAGUCACGCUCAGCAGCGCGCAAAUCAAAUUUUGGUGCUCCUCGCUGAUGAUGACCUGCACGCCGUCGUUGCGUCGAUAGUCGCGUCGAUGGCGUCGCGUCGAUGGCGCGCCAUCGACGCGACACCUGCUCAACGGCGUCGCGGUUGCCGGGUCGCAGCCGACUCACUGGUCGAUUUUGCGCACAGGUCGCUCUACGCCGUCGGGACACGGGUGGUGCUCCACGGCCUGCAGGCGGACACGCUCAAUCUGAGGCGAGGCACGGUGGUCCAGUGCGCGACGGCGGAAGACCGCGUGGGCGUGCGCUUGGACGGAGAAGUGAAGCCUAAGAGCGUGCGGCGCGUCAACGUAAGAUUGGAACGGGGCCCGCACGAGAGCGGCGAGCCCGACGAGCUGCACGAGGGCUUCUGGUGCGACGGGUGCGGCCACUUCCGGGGCAACGACUCGCCGCCGUCGAAGUCGCUGCGGGGCACGCGGUACCGGUGCACGCGCUGCGCGGCCAUCCCCGGCUUCGACCUGUGCUCGCGGUGCUUCGGGGCCGGCUUCGCGCACGCCUGCAGCGCGACGCCGUCGUUAAGCCACGAGAACAAGACGGACUGCGGGCCCAAGGAGUUCCACGCCGACGGCUUCAAGGCCCUCAAGGACUCGCAGGCGACGUCCUUCGCCAAGUGGGUCGAGGGCGCCGCGGCGGAGGGUGAGCUGGAGGAGCGGGAAUUGGUACGACAGGCCAUGAACUUCGGCGACGAGCGGGGCCCGCGGAGCGCAGCGGUUGUCAACACGAUCUACCGCGCGCAGUUCCCCCAGGGGGGCACCGCGGGCCUGAAGAAGCUGCGCGGCGCGCUCAUGCGCGAAGAGAUCGACGCACAGAUCCAGGCCGCGAUGGCGAACGCGGGCAUGGGGCCCCAGCCGGCGGGCGCGGUGCCGCCGGUGGGGCCCUUCGGCGGCCAGGGGCCGGUGCAGUUCGGGGGCAUCCGCGUCGAGGGCCCCGGCGGCGUGCAGGCCGCGAUGCCCGGGUUGCCCGGGUUGCAGGCCGCCGCCGCCCAGUUCGGCGCGCAGGUCGCGGCGGGUGGCGGCGGGCUGCCCUUCAACAUCGCCGACGUCAUGGGCGCGCAGUUCGGGAACUUCGGCUUUCCGCUGCCUACGCCGGGCGCGGCGGCUGCGCCGGCCGCCGGCGACGACGAGGCGUCGGAGACGCCGACUGUCCUCGAGGAUACGCCUUCGGAGCUCGCAGACGAGUCGGAGGCGGCCGUCGAGCCGAGCGGCGCGCCGGAGCCGCACCUGACCGAAGCGCCGCUCGAGGUCGCCUUCGACGCGGGCCCGGGACCCUAGUUCCCUUCUGUAACGAAUGUAAUACCACUGGCAA